UUUUUCGAAUUCAAGGCAGGCUGUCGACUGUCUGCUCUGCUCUUUGCCUGAAUAUUUCCAACACAAGAAAAUAGACACCAGCACAAGACACCGGCCAUCUUUUUGAUUAAAACAACAGUGUUUGAAUUGGUUUCGCCAUCAAAAUUUUAACAGUAUUUUAAUGUCAGAACCACAGUCCGCCUUAUUACUUAGAAAACAGCUAGCAGAAUUAAAUAAAAACCCAGUCGAGGGUUUUUCUGCAGGCCUUAUAGACGAUAAUGACAUUUAUAGAUGGGAAGUUCUUAUUAUAGGCCCACCUGAUACGUUAUAUGAGGGAGGAUUUUUCAAAUGUCAUCUUUAUUUCCCAAAAGAAUACCCCCUUAGGCCUCCAAAAAUGAAGUUUGUUACUGAAAUAUGGCAUCCAAAUAUUGAAAAAAACGGUGACGUCUGUAUAUCUAUCCUUCACGAACCAGGUGAUGAUAAGUUCGGUUACGAAAAAGCAUCAGAACGGUGGUUACCUGUUCAUACUGUAGAAACCAUCUUGAUAUCAGUUAUUUCAAUGCUGGCAGAUCCUAAUGACGAGAGUCCAGCAAAUGUUGAUGCAGCGAAAGAAUGGCGGGAAUCAUAUACGGAAUUCAAAAGGAAAGUCGCCAGAUGCGUUAGGAAAUCACAAGAGCAGGAAGAAUGUUAGUAGACUGUAUAAUUUAUAUUUAAAAAUACAAUAUUAUAAAAAACACCAACAACAACAGCCAACCCCAGGAAAUAUAUUUUAUUGUUUUGUUUUUUAUAUUUUGCAGUAUAUUAAUAUUAUGGACAGUGUGUUUUUCUAGCCGAACUAACAAACCUAUAAUAACUUUUUAAUUUAUGAUUUACCUACCAAUAAUGAAAUAGGUUUGAUUAGUUGAAUCGUGGAUCUUGGCAAAUAAACAUCUAAUAAUUUAAGGAUUUGUGCUCUACAGACAGACAACUUGUUUUCUUUUUUGUUAAUAGAGUGGAAUGUCUUAAGUUUCAUUUUUUUAUGCUAAUUAGUUUGUAGAAUUAUUUUUAUGUGAAAUUUCUUAGUAUAUCAUUUAAAAAAUUACAGUUUGGAUUUUUUUAAGGAGCAGAUUUUAUAACAAAAUAUUACAAAAUAGAAACUGUUGAUCAGUUUAUGGCUGGUUAAUUGUUCUAAAUUCUGCUCUCAAUCUAAAAUUAAGUUUUACAGCCAGAUUAGUCAGGAAAAGUCGAGUCACUAUGAAUUUAACCAAACCAUUAUUGGUUUCUAAUAAUAUUCCUUUUUUUUUUUUGUUAAUUUCCCAUCAGAAAUCAGUAACCACAGCCAAUAAGGUACCUCGUAAUGUAAAAUAUUUCCAAACAUCUCAUUGGCUGCUAAUUGAUUUGAUGAUGAAAGUUUUCUACUUUAUUAUUGCCAUAUUUUGUAUGUUUAUGGUAUAUAAUAUAUUUGACCGAUUUUCUUUAAAUAAUUGAAAAAACCACCAUUAUUUUUUUGUUCAAUCGUUUUUUUUUUAAAAGAUCUCUACGAAACCAAUUGAGAUAUGAAAUAAGGUAAUUUUAAAUUGUGAAUGUGAAGGCGGAUCACUCAAUUUUGGGUGUUUUUUUUUUUAAUUUAGUUUUUACAAUAAAAAUCAAUUAUUCAAACUAA